GUGGGGUGGUGGUAGGAGGCUGGUUUUGAUCUUUAAUUUUGCAUAUUUUUUUGCUCUUUUAUUUUAAACGGCAAGAGGAUGCACAGGGGAGAAAAUUGAAACAAUUUGUUGGCUUUUGUUUACCUGGUGUGUGUAAGAAGCCACCUCGCUCCCUCUGCUCGCCAUCUCUGACCUUUCUUUUUACUCCUUAAAAAAAUUAAUUUCCCCCUCUGUGCAAUGGAGCGUGGGGGGUGGAGGGGGAAGGGUUUGAGAAUCCACCCAAGCCCGGCCCCUAUUCCCCAGAACACCAAUAAUAACCCCCUUUAAAACAUCUACCUUCCUCCCCGCUCCUCCUCCUCCCCUCUCCCCACCGCCCCUAACUCAUAACUCUGUUGAGUCCAGAAUCUCAGAAUCAGGCGUUGGCUUUGCCGGGUGCUUCAGAUCAAUGGAUGAGUUCCACCCGUUCAUCGAGGCGCUGCUGCCUCACGUCCGAGCCUUCUCCUACACCUGGUUCAACCUGCAGGCGCGGAAGCGCAAGUACUUCAAGAAGCACGAGAAGCGGAUGUCAAAGGACGAGGAGCGCGCGGUGAAGGACGAGCUGCUGGGCGAGAAGCCCGAGAUCAAGCAGAAGUGGGCAUCCCGGCUGCUGGCCAAGCUGCGCAAAGACAUCCGGCCCGAGUGCCGAGAAGACUUCGUGCUGACCAUCACCGGCAAGAAGCCCCCCGGCUGCGUGCUGUCCAACCCCGACCAGAAGGGCAAGAUCCGGCGCAUCGACUGCCUGCGCCAGGCCGACAAGGUGUGGCGGCUGGACCUGGUCAUGGUGAUUUUGUUUAAGGGGAUCCCCUUGGAAAGUACUGAUGGGGAGCGGCUCUACAAGUCGCCCCAGUGCUCGAACCCCGGCCUGUGCGUCCAGCCACAUCACAUUGGAGUCACAAUCAAAGAACUGGACCUUUAUCUGGCUUACUUUGUCCACACUCCGGAAUCCGGACAAUCAGAUAGUUCAAACCAGCAAGGAGAUGCGGACAUCAAACCACUGCCCAACGGGCACUUAAGUUUCCAGGACUGCUUUGUGACUUCUGGGGUCUGGAACGUGACAGAGCUGGUGAGAGUGUCACAGACUCCUGUUGCAACCGCAUCAGGACCCAACUUCUCCCUGGCAGACCUGGAGAGCCCCAGUUAUUACAACAUAAACCAAGUGACCCUGGGACGGCGGUCCAUCACCUCCCCUCCUUCCACCAGCACCACCAAGCGCCCCAAGUCCAUCGAUGACAGCGAGAUGGAGAGCCCAGUUGAUGAUGUGUUCUACCCCGGGACAGGCCGCUCCCCAGCAGCUGGUAGCAGCCAGUCCAGUGGAUGGCCCAAUGACGUGGAUGCAGGCCCUGCUUCUCUAAAGAAGUCAGGAAAACUGGACUUCUGCAGUGCCCUCUCCUCUCAGGGCAGUUCCCCACGCAUGGCUUUCACCCACCACCCGCUGCCUGUGCUUGCUGGAGUCAGACCAGGGAGCCCCCGGGCCACAGCAUCGGCCCUGCACUUCCCCUCCACGUCCAUCAUCCAGCAGUCGAGCCCGUAUUUCACACACCCGACCAUCCGCUACCACCACCACCACGGGCAGGACUCGUUGAAGGAGUUUGUGCAGUUUGUGUGCUCUGAUGGCUCGGGCCAGGCCACUGGACAGCCCAACGGUAGCGGCCAGGGCAAAGUCCCGGGGUCAUUUUUGCUACCGCCGCCGCCUCCAGUGGCCAGACCUGUGCCCCUUCCUAUGCCUGAUUCCAAAACCACCAGCACGGCCCCAGACGGCGCGGCCUUGACUCCUCCAUCACCUUCAUUCGCAGCGACAGGCGCCUCCUCUGCCAACCGGUUUGUCAGCAUCGGACCCCGGGACGGCAACUUUCUGAACAUCCCACAGCAGUCUCAGUCCUGGUUCCUCUGAUUAAGGUCAACAAAGAAACAACAAAAUUAAAAAAAAAAAAAAAAAAAAAAAGAGGUUCCUCAAAAGGGGGGAGAAGAAAUUUU